AUGAGUGAUAUGAAUAGUAGCAACUCAUCAAGUUCGUUGCAAGGACUCUCCGGAGCCACAACAACAAUCAAUAAUAAUACCUCAUCAUCAGCCUCAUCCGAUAAACUCAAAGUAAUAGUGGUGGAUGUGAUUUAUGAAGUACAAACGCGUAAGAUAUUUGGUGAAUUUUCUAUUCCUUCCGAAGGACAUUGGAGAAGCUCAAAUUCAACCCCAAUAUCCAAAGAAACAAUUGAAAAGAAGGCUCUUAAUGACGGUUGGAAGUAUUUAACAAAAGACUGGAUUAAUGAAGGAGAAGAUUCUUGGGAAUAUGCGAACGAAUGGCACGAUGACCAAAAACAUUGGUCUCAUGCUUUUAGUCCUUUUGAUUUUGUGAGAAGAAAAAGGUGGACCAAAGCCCGAGUGAAACUCAUUGAAAAAUCUGAGGUGGAUAAGUUGAAAAAAGAAUAUGGAGAAUUAUUCACGAUAAUUGAGAAGGACCCUACCUCAAAAAUAAUUUAUGAAGAGUUUAACCAAUUGAAACAAAAAUUGGAACAGAAUUGUUCUACAGUGACUCAGCAAACACAAAAACCAAAUAUUUUGUUGUUGGGAGGAAGUGGAAGUGGGAAAAGCUCCCUUGUGAACGCUGUGUUUGGAAAAAGCUUAGCCGAAAUUGGUGAAGGUAAACCAAUCACACAACGAUAUACCAAAUAUACUGGUGAACAUAGUCCUGUAGUCAUUUACGACAGUAGAGGCAUUGAACAUGGUUACAUUCAAGAUGGAUUUGUUGCCGAUACAAGACGAUUUUUCAAGAAAAUAAGACAAGAAGAAAGCCUAUCAAAACAUGUUCAUGUGGUGUGGUACGUCAUUGACUUGACUCAGGCAAGAUUCCAACCGUUUGAAGCAGAAUUCUGUAAAGAGGAGCUCAAAGGAAUUCCAAUCAUUUUUGUUUUGAACAAAGCAGAUGCUGUCAAGGAUGACAUUAGAGACAUCAUGAUCGAAACCAUUGCUAAAUUCAAUUUACCAAACUGUAUCGGAGUAUAUCCAACAGUUGCAUGCUGCAAAAAUUUUGAUGCUAAAGAGUGUCCUAGCUGCAAUUCUCCCAAGAUUAGAAAGAGACUUAAGGCUGGUACAUGCACAAUCAUGUGCAAAGAAUGUAACUACAAUGUCACUCUCGAAAAAACAAUGGGUAUUGAGCAAUUAUCAAGAUCGACUAUGAUGGUCUUGCCUGAUCUUGUUAAGAGCGUUUUUGUGAAUGCCCAACAAUCUUCAACUUUGGGGAAAGAGGUUGAGGCCAAGAAAAUUAUUUUGGAGCACUAUAAGGACGUAUCUUUGACAAGAUUUGAAAAGGCCAAGUUUAGACUUGUUGCUCUUAUUACCAAACUUGUGUCUCACUAUCAAGUAGACUCCUUGCAGUCUCUCAUUCAAAAGAAAAUGAUUAGCAGAUUUGAGAAAUUCUAUAGAGAGCAAGGUUUCAAUAAGAAACUUGGGUUAUUCAUGAAUGAUUUCUUUAGCAGCAAACGUGAGACACACGCUGAGGUGUUCUUACUCGCUGCGGGAGUUGAGAUUUGCCAAGUCAUUAUCAAAUUCAAACAAGCAGCCAUUGCCAAUGCUCUCAAGAAUUUUGAAGCUCAAGUCUCUCGAGAAAUUGAAAAAGAAAAACAAUCAGGAGUCAUGCCCAUGCAAAAUAAUGUGACAGCAGUGGCCGAUCCUAAAAAGACAGCCUCUUAUGCAUCCAUUCAUGAUUUGGAUGAAGAAGAAGAAGAGAGCGACCUUGCUCUCGACAAACUGAUUGCCAACGUUCAUUUCACUUUGGACAGCAACAUUGUCGAUUUGGUUUCUGAAGAAUUGAAAAAAGUGAAAAGUCCACAACGAUAUCUCGAAUUGCUCAAAUUUGAUGGCAACGUAAAUUGGCGAUUGCCAGAAAAGAAAAUGGAAGUUGUACAAGAGGAAGAGCUACACAUUCCACUCUAUGUUUAUCAAAAACCAAAAGAUGGAGACACUUCUCAUUCUUCCGUUGACACAAAACCAUCUUCUGCUUCCAACCAUUCGACCUCAACAGAAACAAACAAUGAUCAAUCCGUGAUGACCUCAACCAAUAAUUCACAACCUCAAUCCACUCAACCUUCUUCCUCAUCCUCCACCACUGAAAUGGCCAGCCAACAAUAA